AAUAUACAAACAACAAUCGAAACCAUUGCGUAUAUGUAUAGCUUACGAUCACAGCGCAAGGUAGUAGUGCUCAGUUCAGUUUGCGCACACCGCACCGAUCGUAUUAAAUUCGAGCUUGAUUGUGCGUGCACCCAAAAAUUUGUAAAUUGAAACGGUUUUUGUGCGUGAUUUUAUGACCGAAGUGUGUUAUUUCUUAAUCCUCAAAAGUGGAUGCUCAUCUCAGUGAUAUCGCCAUAUUCAGUAUACAUACUAGUGACGCUUAUCAAAAUCAUCGAUUAGAUAUAAAAUUGAACCGAUACGUCCCUUUGGGCUUUAAUAGUGAUAUUUUUGGUACAAUUAUUAAACGGAUAUAAAUAUGAAGAUUACUAGUAUUAACUUGUCUUUUGUGUACAGAAGGACUAUUUAGUAACCAUAGAUGAAAAUAAAAAGGCUUAAAAUUAAAUGGCAUUUAAUUUACAUUAAUGAAUUUAAUUGCCGGUUGUUUAUCCAAAAUGCCAUCUUACAAUCAAAAAAUAGAAGUAGAUUUGAAUUCAAAUGAAAACGGCGCAUUGGAAACAGAUGAUAAAGUUAACAAUAAGGAAGAGGCAAAAUUCGUGGCUACUGAUAGCAUUCCAAAAAAUACCCCAGGUGGCUUGAGCACAGAUCAACUGCUUGCAUACGCAUUAAGAGACUUUCUGGGUUCAUCACCUAUGAUGGCUAGCGAACAAGAUCCAUCGCCCUCUAACGUUGGUCAACCACUUCCGUAUAUCGAUGAACACAUCGACGACGCCACGCAGUCUGAGGAGGAGUCUGCUCAGUCGCGAGAAACGGAGGAGGUGUUGAACAACGCAGCAUGCCGACUACGGCGGUGGCGAGCAGCUUCGCGGAAGCUGCGCCGACCUCGUAUCAUAGAUAAUCUGUGUGCUAAUGAUGAUAAAGAACGUGGUGCAAACAAGGCAAACAAUGCAGGUCAUACUGAUUUGGCCGAUCGUUUGCGAAAUUUGGCGGCGGCUGGCAGCAUGUCCGCGUCGGCCGGCGAACUUCUGUCGCUGGCGCCCCCGCCGCCCGCCGCAACCGCGCCGCCCUCGCCUGGGUGCCUGCUAUCGCCGUCGUUGGCUGACCAGAGUUCAGCAGACUAUUUCGGAUCAAGUCCAGAAUGUUGUGCAGACAGUAUUGGUCUCGAGAGUAUGCCGGGUGGACCAGCACCGCCGCCAGGGCCGCGGUACAAGCUGGCCACGGAAGGUACCCUCAGGGUCUGCUGCUUCCAGCACACGAGGACAGUCGUCGUGAAGAUCUUGGCUGCCAAAUUCCUAAGGAGAUGGGAAACGCACACGCUCUGCUUACAAAAUGAUCACAUCGUUUCUAAGACGCCUUCGGGUUUAUUAGAGCAUCCGUUAUCAUACAGCUGUAUGCAAGAAGUUUAUUGCAUAUCACGGUGGGAUUCCGCCAGGAAAUACUGCCUAAGGAUUGUUAUGCCAAAUGGCUCCCUUCUGCUGCAGGCAAAUGACGCCUACACUAGAGACCAAUGGUAUCAUUCCAUUGUUUGGAGGAAAAACAUUAUAAGAUAUAAGCAUUUUCUCACGAAGACUAUAAGAAAGGAGGUCGUUAUGAAAGAAUUGAAAAACAUGGUGGAUUUCGUAAUGACGACACCUCUGCAAGAUGAGAGCGUGACGCGGGACCCCCUUCUGAUACUCACGGAUUUACUGUCCCAGAAUAAGGACAGUCCAGAUUGGGAGGAAUGGGCGGAAACUACAACAAGCGUAGCGGCGCCGCUGCUAGCAGAGCGAUGCGCUAGCGGCGAGCUAUGUGCGUUGUUGGCGCGACUGUGUCGGCGGAGACCGCGCGCCGCUCCGCUCCCCGCUCUCGCUCCGCCUGUGCGGAGAGUCCUCACCCGAAAUGUGGACUUCGCGAGAGCUCCCGACGCGAGGCGACUAGUCAAAGAUUAUAUCAGUGCUCUGAGUGCCCACAACUCUGGCGAAGCCCUAGUGCGGCGGUUCGUGGAAGUGACCCACGGAAGUCGCGCGACGUGUCCUCACCCGCGAGCGGCUCCUAACCUGGCUGCCGUGGCUCUGGCCGCCAUAGACGAGUACUAUCGUGACUGCCCAAUGCCGCACAAAUGCGACGAUCGCGAAGAAGAGGUGUUAUGUUUCGCAGACAUUCUAGAGCACAUGUGUGAAUACGAAGACUGGUUAAUCGUAGUCGGCGCUGUGCUGCAGCCGGUGCCGUUCUGCACUUCUGCUUUAAUCUGCCCGCGAGUCAGCAAGCGUCUGCACAGCGUGCUGAGCGCGCUAGCACACGACGCUCGCUGCGCGGCCCACAGCUGCCUGGCGCCCGCGAGAGCCGCGCGCUCCUGCCCCCCCUCCUGGCUGAGGGUGGCCUCGCCUAAUAAACCGCAGCUAGAUCUCCCUCAACAGAAUCUGUGUCAGCUCUGGGGUGAUAUGGUUGGCAGUUUGUUAAGAUGUUGUAGUAAAAGAAAAAGUUUUCUACAAAGCUUGAGUAAACAGUUACCUGAUUUCGUUCUAGUCGCAUUAAAUGCACACCCAUCAGCUUUAGAAGCCCUAUGUUUAAUGUUAGAAUGGGAAGUGAUAAGUGGAGAACAGACUCAAUUAGAAAUAAUAGCAGCAUUACAAGGAACGGAACUUGGGCAAACUUAUUAUAAAGACUUGUGUGAAAGACAAAAGAACCUUGAGAGGCUGCAAUCCGAAGGUGGACCGCGACGGUUGGCGUUGCCCGUGCGAGCGACGGACGCGGACGUGGGCGCUCUGCUGCAAGCCGGCGCUCUCGGCAACCUCGAGUGUCUCUCUCUAGCCUUCACUAGCGUCACUAGUGAAUGCGCACAACACCUUAUAAAGUUGCCCUCCCUGCGGUACCUAAACUUGUGGUCUACUAAAUUCGGCGACAGCGGGUUGCAACUGAUUGCAGAGCAUUUGCCGCGCUUGCAAGUUCUCAACCUAUGCGAGACACCGGUAUCGGACGAGGGGAUAGAAGCUUUAUCAGGGUUGUCAAAUUUGCGACGGCUGAAUCUGAACAGCACGAGGCUUUCAGCAGAAGCCUUCGAGAUUCUACGGCAAAGGCUCCCGCUUCUACAAGAAUACGACAUCCGCUACACAGAGGCUUGGUGACACCAGACGCCCGAAGAAUUUGCUAUCGCCCUUACGGCCGAGAUGAUAAGCAUGAUGCAAGAAAUAUAUAACAGCGACUAAACUUAAAAAGAACAACAAACUGAAUAUUGGUCGUGCAUACAAUUUGACUUUAUAAAUACAAAUGUUGUUGUGUAUCAAAUAUAUAUAUAAAUAUUUGUUAAAAAAUUGCAAGCUAAAUGUAUGAGUAAAAAAUCAAUUCGUAUUUGCACCACAUUGUCUGUCUGUUCUAAUUACCUAUAGAUAUUGUUUAGUAGUCAAUACUUGCAUUGAAUUUUAAUAGCAAAUUUCCUAAAACUGUGUCAUUAAAGAUUGUAAACACACACUGCACUGUACCUUUUAAUUAUGUUUAAUUCUAAGAUAAAUCACUAGUCCUGCCUUCCACUAAUAAAACCUGAAUUGAUUAAGGCCAAGUAGUGCUCUGUUUUAAACGGUUUCCUCUCUCUUUGAAUUCGAAUUUAUAGUCAAUAAUAUUUGAUUUAAUGUUGUUGUAAACCGAUAUAUAUUGUAGAAUAACUGCUGGUAGUCCUUAUUAAGUAUUUAUUCAUGUUUGCUAAUUCAUAAAAAAUAUUACAGUAGAUAUUAAAUAUAAAAUUGUCUAAUUUAAAACUUGGAGGGAAUUUUGUAUGUUAUGAAGCGUUCAUUCUAAAUACUAUUUACCGAUAAAUAUCAACAGUUUUAGUAUAAAACUUUACGGCCUAUAAGUGUACAACUAAAGUUACGAUAUCAAUGUUCAAUGGCCAUGUUUAAAAUUAUUUGAUAUAAUCACUGUUAACGUAUUAUAGCGUAAGUAUUUAUUUUAAUUAUAACAAUAGUGUAACAUUUGUACAGAUAAAUGUAGUAUCUACAACUAUUUAUGCUUAGAUAACUGAUAAUAUUCUUAAUGUUAAGAUAUAAAGACGCGAAUUUUUGGGCUGUGAGAAAAGUACCAACACGAGUGUUAACAUUGUGGAAAGUUAGUUUGCCCUUAGAAGGAUUAUUUCAAGAAAUCAAAAGUGUAAAUAACAAUACAAUCUACUUAUCGUUAAUUGCACUUGUCCUUCAACCAAAGAGUACGUGAGGCUAUUUAAUAUUUUCUAUUAAGUGAAGUUGAAGUAGUGUUAAUAUCAGUCUGCAAUGCUUUCCCAUGGAGUUUUAACAUUCCUUUCUAGUUGCCAUUUCAACAGGUACCUACAUUUACUUAGCUCUUUAGCUAAAAAGACUUAUUUAGUUCAGGUCAGACCUACCCCCAACAAAUUAAAUUUAAUUCUCUAAAAUAUCAAAAAGCAACCGCUUUUUCACAUUUCCUUACAAUUUUGUGUGGUUUGGGGGUAAUGAACAAGGUUCGCCUUUAGUAAACCAGUCAAGUCAAUAUUCACAACAGGUGAAAAAUUCUUUUAAAAUAAAGUUAUAUAUAGCUUCUAUAAGUAUUCCGCCCAAUUACUUAAAAAAUAUAAAAAAGUGAAUAAUGGUGGAAAAAAAUACAAAAGUAUGUAUGUAGUGUUGUUGUUUUGGUGUCUAUCAAAGAACUUUUAGUCAAAACACUUAAAAUUAAAAAUAUUUAAUUUCGAAUAAAUAAUAAAAUGGAACUAGGCGGGCAGCCCUGUCGAGCGUUUUGAUACUGCGAGGGUUGUAGCAGAGUUAUUGAGCAGAUUUACAAUAAUACUGUGUGUCCAUAAAUCAUUACCACAUUUUUUUCACUUUAGUGUACCUAUAUCCCAUCAUUGAUGUUUCCGAAAUUCUGUAGGGCGAUGGAACAAGUGCCAUAAGUAGUUAGUAAGCUAACCGUUGUAGUAAUUAUGAAUAAAUUGUUGUAGUGUACAGUUUUGUCUAGAUAGCACAAUUAUUAUUGAAUUUGAAACCACCUAUGAAUACAUUUUAGCCCGUCCACCGAUAUAGAAUAACACAUAUAAAAAAAUGGGAAUUGCCCUAGCUUAACCCCGGUGAGUCUUCUUUAACUACCAUCCAACUUCAAUUUAAGUGGUCGUUUAAAUGGUCAAGCUAAAAUGUACGUCAUAGUUAGCACGUAGGUUUAUACAGUCUUCUUGUGUGCGUUGUACAGUAUUUUGAUCUUGGACAAUAUGGUAUAAAACAUUACUCAAGAUGGCGCUAUGUAUGAACUGAAUUAUUAUUGAAUUUAGUGUCGUAAAGAGGUAUAAGACUUAUCCGCUAUGUGAAGCAUGAAAGUUUUUAAUAAAAUCAGUUUUAAGUACGAAAUCGUUUCAUUUAAAACAGAAAUUUUUUUUUCAAUGAAGUAAAAGACCUUAUAAUUAUUAAGGAAUAUAUUUGAGUAGUUUUUCAAUACUAUAGUGUAUGAUACAAUAUUAUUUCAUAAAAUUUACACUUUUUCAUCACCUCUUAAUUUAUGAUUUCAUCCCCAUUGAUGAUAUUAAAUGUUGUUAUAUCUAUUUACAUAUCUAAUUUUAUUUAAGCACUAAUAAAAUUCAGUAAAAAAUAUCCCAACACAAGUAAUAAAGAGAUAAACAAAUUACAAUAGUAAAAACUACAGCUGUUCAAUAAUAACAUCACAAGUAAAAUUUGAAAAGUACUUAGAGUGUUAAAGAAAUUUCUAAGUAAGACAUAGCAUGAAUGGAAAUAAUUUUAUAAAUUGAUGAUCUUUCAUUAAAAAACAAAAUACAGACAAGUUCUGCUCGAGACUACUAGACAUUGUCAAUCUCGGACAAAUAGAUCUUUAAAUUUAUCACGUUUAAUUGUGAUUCUUGUAGUUAAGGUAGGCUGCAAUAUAUUUCACUAAAAUAGGACAUUAAACGAUAACUAAAAUAAAUGAAAAAAAAAGUAGGUACCGCACGACAUUAUUUGAAAUCGUAAAGGGAAGUAACUUUCGUCAAAGAUACUCUACAUACAGAUACAGGCUUAUCUAAAUUAAGACUUCCUGAUUUUUUUUGUUUAGUUAAUGGUAGGCAUUAUUUGUCUGUAUUGAACGAAAGUUACUGCUUAAAUGUUGGAAAAAAAGAGUAUAUAAACAUCGUAAUAAAAAACAUUUAUUUCAAUACAUCAAAAGCGGAGUGCCUUUUAUUACUCCAUUUUUAUAGUUCAAUACGGCAUUUACUUUAUCACUUUCCAGAAUAUAUCAAAUUUUUUUUAAACAAUAGCCGAUUGGAAUUUACCCUUAGGUUUGCAGAAUUAAUGAUGAAUCUUUUUUACAAAUAAUAAAACCAGACUCCUUGUACAUAAUUUAUGUUUAUUAAUAACUACAUCUUUAUGCGAUACUCAUCGUCAAAUAGUCAAUGUUACCUUAUUUAUUUAUAUACUUAUCCCUGUCAUUCACAUUCAUUAUAUCACUGCCUCUUUUAACCCAUCGUUUGACAAUUAAUUAAUAAAAUACGUA